UAUCGGUAUAUUUUAAGAGCGAAAAAUAUUUAGUUAUUUCUUCAUUGAUAUAAAUAUAAUAAUGAUUCGAAUUUGCCUAAUUUUUAUUGAUAAACUUUAUCGAAAUUUCGUAUUGCGCGGGAUGACUGACUGACAUUUUGAAAAACUGCGUCUAUGCGAAACUCAGCUAUACAUAGCUCUUCGUUAUAUCAUCAUGAUAAACAAGGCGUAAGGUCACGUUCCGAGUUAACGCACGUGUAGAUCAUAAAAGUUUUCCCUCUCGGUUCAUUGUUGUAAAAUUAGUUAAAAUUUCAAGCGACAAAAAACUCAUGGAAUCCAGUGCUUUAUUCACAGGAGCCGUUAGAGUAAAAGAGGAGCCUAGCGAUGUGUCCCACAGUGAAAAUGAUUGCGACGAGAAACCCGAUCUGAAAAACUACCAACGCCUACCAUUUCCACAAGAAUAUUCGACCUGUACUCUUCGAAAAUGUGACGUAAACCAUGGAACUGAAUUUGACCAUGAUGUGGAAGUAGUCGUUGAAUGUGAAGAUGUCAAGCCUUUUAUGGAUUUAUUAAAAGCUAAAAAAUUUGACAACGAUUCUCAACAACUCGCGAAAUAUAGCGAUGAUUAUGGAACUCGAAAUAUAAUUAAAAUGGAACCCACGAAGGAAGUAAAACAGGAAUUUCCCGAUGGCUCUGUAGAAGAAUCGAAUGUGAAUUUCGACCGUGAACUCAACAAGCAGAAUGAAAGAAGAAAAAUCACAAAAAUGCCUUACAAAGUACAUAAAGUCAAAAGAUGCAUCGGUUCGAUGAAUAGUAAAACAAUCCACCCAUGUAAAAUAUGCGGAAAGAAAUUGUCAAGUCAGAGUAGUCUCAACAGGCAUGUCAAAUCAUUACACUCGUGUCAAAUGUACGACAGGACAUUUUCAUUUAAAGGUAAUCACCAAAUGCACGUUGCCUCGAUGCACAAUGGGGUCACUUAUGAAUGUAAUGAAUGUGGAAAGUCAUUUGUACGAAAGGACAGCCUCAAAAUCCACAUGGAUUCCGUGCACAAUAAAAUUACGCAUGCAUGUGAUAUUUGUGAAAGAACCUUCUUCCACAAACGCAGUCUCAAAAAUCAUAAGGAUGCGAUGCAUAACAGUAUCACAUAUGCAUGCGAUGUGUGUGGAAAAACGUUCAAGUACCAAAAUAUACUCAAAUUCCACGUCGAUGUAGUACACAAUGGUGUCACUUAUGAAUGUGAUAAAUGUAAAAAGUCAUUUGCACGAAAAGAUAGUCUCCAAAGACAUAUCAAUGCGAUGCACAAUGGUGUGAGCCAUGCAUGCGAUAUGUGCCCAAAAACAUUCUGCUCAAAGGCUUAUCUUAAAGUCCACAUGGAUUCCGCGCACAAUAAAAUUACAUACGCAUGUGAUAUUUGUGAAAAGACAUUCUCAACUAAAGGUAACCUCAGAUGCCACAUGGAUGCGAUGCAUAAUAGUAUCACACACGCAUGCGAUGCGUGUGAAAAAACGUUCAAGCGCAAAUUUGAACUAAAAUUCCACAUCGAUGCAGUACACAAUGGUGUCACUUAUGAAUGUAAUAAAUGUAAAAAGUCAUUUUCACGAAAAGAGAGUCUCCAAAGACAUAUCAAUGCGUUGCACAAUGGUGUUGCGUACGCAUGCAAUAAAUGUGAAAAGACAUUCACAGAAAAGGGAAGUCUCAAAAUCCACAUCGAUUCCGUGCACAAUAAAAUUACGCAUGCAUGUGAUAAUUGUGAAAAAAUGUUCGUCCACAAACGCAGUCUCAAAAACCAUAUGGAUGCGAUGCAUAAUAGUAUCACAUAUGCAUGCCAUGUAUGUGAAACGACGUUCAAGCGCAAAUAUGAACUCAAAGUCCACGUCGAUGCAGUACACAAUGGUGUCACAUAUACGUGCGAUAUGUGCGGAAAGGCAUUCACACUAAAAGCAAAUCUCAAAAAACAUAUUGAGAAGAUGCACAAUGGUGUCAAUUAUCCGUGUCAUACGUGCGAAAGGACUUUCAAACGAAAGGAUCGUCUGAAGCUCCACAUGGAAUCUGUGCACAACCAAAUCAGACAGUCGUGCGUAUUUGCAAAAAGGAAUUCCUAAGCAAGGCCAAUCUCAAAAAGCACAUGAAUUCGAUACAUCGCUCAGGCUUCCAAAACUUGAAGAACGUAUAAAAUUUAUUUUAUGAAAAUCUCGAUUUUCUUUAAUGUUAUCUCAUAAUGUAUCAAUGUUUAAAUUUUUUAAAAAUUCAAUAAAUUUUUCGAAGAAAAUGAAGCACAUUCUUGCUGGUCAACACCCCUCGAUUCGAUGGCGAUUUGUAAUGGUCACAUUUCGGCUCGAGUCAAAAGAUAAAAAUAAAAAAUAAAAAAAAAACAAUAGA